AUGCCUUGGUCAACGAAACGAGACACGCAAGCCAUGAUAGCAACAGCAUUCACGCAAACCAUGGAUAUUCUCUCCAAUAAUCUUCGGCAACUCAUCCUAGAAGCGGAGAGCUGCCACUCCAAUCUAGAGAAACUCGAGGAGAGUCUUUCCGUCCUGCACGAAAUCGUCAUGAGGGAAGAUUCUUCAAUCAAUUCGGCUAAAGCAGAGCUUCUAUCGGACUUAUGGACGAAGCUGCGCUUGCGGAACAGACAGCAAGUCCGACAGCACGACGAGAACCUAGCGUUGCUGACCGACGUCGCUAAGUACAGAAAGAAGGCCUUGGCGUUGGUAGUGUCGUCGCUGUACACGCUUCGCGAGCUCAGCGAGGACAUAGAGAAUUUGAGAGAAAGGGUAGUUGAGCCAGAUCUCAUUGGGUCUCAGGUUCCUGUUGUGGUACACAUCGAGAGUAUCAAGGCGGGGUUGGGACGUCUCCAGGAAGGACGGAUCAAUUCCAAAGAGAGACAGGAUUAUUUUGUGAAGAAAAUUAUGUCGAACGCUUGA